AUGUCGAAUGCACAGUCUGUUACUCUCCACGGCAGGACAUAUCAACUACCUCGGAAACCAACGGUCAUCAUCUGCAUUGAUGGAUUUGAUCCCGAAUAUCUGGAAGCGGGCCUCGCCGAGGGUAUUUUGCCCAACAUGGCCAAGCUCAUGAGCAAUGGUUUUCACGCCACCGCCACUUGCUCAAUGCCGUCCGUCACAAACGCCAACAAUGUCUCCAUCAUCACCGGCGCCCCCACGGCCGUCCACGGCAUCGCCACCAACUACUUCCUCGACCGGCUCACCGGCAAGGAGACCAUGAUUGUCGACGACGCCCUCGUGCGCGGCUCCACUAUCCUAGCCGAGAUGGCCGCGCAGGGCGUCCGCGUGGCCGCCGUCACGGCCAAGGACAAGCUGCGCAAGAUCCUGCAGCGCGGCCUCCUCGACCGCCCCGACGCCAUCUGCUACUCGACGCAGCUCGCCAGCGACAAAGUGCUGGCCUGGCUGGGCCACCACGAUGCGCGGCCGGAUCAGUACUCGGCGGAGCUGUCCCUCUACGUCCUCGAAGCCGGCGUCAAGCUACUGCGCGAGGACAAGGCCGACUUGCUGUACCUGACGCUGUCAGACUAUGUGCAGCACAAGUACGCGCCGCAUGAGCGCGAGGCGCAGCAGUUUCUGGCGACGAUUGAUGAGAGAAUCGGCGAGUGUCUCCAGCUGGGCGCCGUCGUGGCCGUCACGGGCGACCACGGCAUGAGCGACAAGUCGGACGCCGACGGGAACCCCGUCGUCUUGUAUGUUCAGGACGAGCUUGAAAAGAAAUUCGGCCUGGGUUGCGCACGCGUCAUCUGUCCCAUCGCCGACCCCUUUGUUGUUCACCACGGUGCUCUCGGCGGAUUCGUGCGCGUCUACGUGCCCGAGUCCCACGCGGGGCAUAUUCCCGCCAUGGCCGCGUUCAUCGGCUCGUUUGACAAGGUCGAGGUCUCGCUACUCAAAGAGCAAGCUGCUGCUCGAUUUGAAAUGCCACUGGAUCGAGAGGGCGACUUUGUCAUUGUGGCGAAGGAGAAUGCGGUGCUGGGCGCCAAGGAAGCAGAGCACGACUUGUCGGGUCUCCGGGGCCAUCGGCUGCGCUCGCACGGAGGCUUGUCGGAGCAGAGAAUUCCGCUUCUGCUUUCUGUUCCAGUCACAUACAGGGACGCGAAUACGCGUGCGUGGAAAAAUUACGACAUUUUUGACAUUGCCUUGAACAGUCAGUAG